GUACAUAAAAGGGUACAUAUACAUAUAAUAUUAAUAGUAGUAAUGCAUAAUGCCCCUCAAGAAGACAUUCCAAAGCAGUAAUGUGACCCCGGCAGGAGGCGGCCUGGCUUAUUCUUGCAAGCGCCAACCACAGAACACUACUAUUAAACCCAGGUUGCUUCCUGCCCAAGUUCAGCAGGAGCUCAUGACCAUUCUUAGCGAGCGCGAAGAGUUAGAGCAGGAACUAGCUCAAGUGGAUGAGACUAUUUAUGAUCUCGAGAGUGUCUUUCUUAAACAAUGUGUGGCUUUUGGUGGCUCAUUAUUCGAUGGAUACGGACCAGAACGAGAGUCGCUAUUGCACAAGGGAAUCAACAUUGUGUUUCCUUCCACUACAGAUAGUUCUGACCCCACCGCACCCAGUUUGUCAUCUCCCAUGGCCCCCUCUUUGAGCGUGCCCCAUGAGGACUCAGGGUAUGCUUUUCGGUCCCGACUGCAUUCCUUUACACCCAUUGAGCGUAUUUUUUCUACCUCAUCUGUGGGAACGCUCGGGCGAGUCGAGCGAAUCAAAUCUUUACGCACAGUUCGAGGUGAUUUAGAAUCCACUAAGAUGCAUCGGCGUCGUAGAAAAUGCGUAGACAAUCGCUAUGAAAGCCAGAGCGAAAGCAGCAUUGACUGCAAUAUUGGUGAAACUAACAGUGAUAGUUAUCAAAAUAUGCCUCACGAUAAAAAGAGUUGAGGGUAAAGUUACUCCAUGUUUCUUCAUAGGAGGUCUAAUUUUUGAAGGAUUCAUUGACUUCCUUAUUGGCAUAUUUGUGCGGAAUCGUCAAUGUUGCAGGCUGUUUGAACUCUUCACUACUGUCUGACCAAGCUUAUGUAUCGAUUUUCUUU